AUGGGUGGUAGCAUGGUCAUUGACACCUCAGCUAAUGGUUUGGUGACUAAUUUGUUAGUGUGUCUGAAUUAUCCUUUGACAAUUUUUGAGCGAGAUUUUGGGAUUGACUUAGUGUGUUUUCCUCUACGUCGGCUUGAGGUUAUUCUUGGAAUGAAUUGGUUGGAGUUUAACCAUGUGUUCAUCAAUUGUUCUGAUAAAUCGGUGGAGUUUCUUGAAUCAAAAGAGAGUAUGGAGUUGAGUUUUAUGAGCACGAGACAUGUAGAGAUAUCCUUGAGUGGGAGUGCUCAGUGGUUUAUGGUGUUUGUGUCCUUGGGUGGGGGAAGCGAGAGAAUGAUUACAUAUCUACUUGUUGUGUGUGAUUUCUUGAGGUGUUCCCAGAUGACCUCAGUGCCGCUAGAGCAUGAGGUGGAGUUUGUUAUGGACUCAGUACCUGGUACUAGUCUUAUAUUGAUGCCUCCUUAUAAGAUGUCUACUUUAGUGCUAACUGAGUAG